CAGGCUAAACCUUGGCUUAUCUACUUGCGUAUAUCCAGAUUUAAUAUGGAUGACAUUCUCAUCAGUAUUUCAUCGGAAUCCUGUCAUGAAAUCGAAAGCCAAGGAGAUCGAGUUCAGCUUCAAUCGGAAAUGAUGACAUCCAGCAAAUCACAGGUUAGAUGUACCCUGCGCUCUUAUCGAUCCUGCCGCUACAUGAGAACUCGGGUAACAACCGGUGGCGGAAAUCAGGUCUUGUGAGCGGUCAGACUAGGAUGAUGUAUCUUGUCAAGGAAUAUAAAACAUGAAUGACUGAGAGGGAAUCACGCACACUGCAAAAAAUGACGGACCCAAAUGAAGUCAAGGUUGAGACCCUCCUGAGCAUCAUCAACUCCUCCGCCCGCGAAGCGAUAACGGAAUACAAGAACACUGGACAUGGUGUCCCUGGUGUCGACGCAGGGACCCUCCACCCCCUCGACUUCGCGACAGAUACACUUGCCCUCAGAAAGGCAAUCAGGCUGCUCGAGGGUGCAUGCGAGCAAUUGAACACGAUACUGGCUCCCCCCCAACACACAACAUACAAUUUUGUUCAUAAUUACAACUGGGCGUGCAUAGACGUCGCCGUUCAAUCACGUAUUGCAGACGUCUUGGACAAAUACCCGGAAGGUCUCAGGGUGGAUGUGUUGGCUGACGCAGUCAAUCUCGACAAGACCAAGAUCGCACGCGUCUUGCGAGUUCUGGCCCUCAGGGGUUGCUUCAAAGAAGUCAAACGAGACGUAUUCGCAAACACGCGACUCUCCCUCGUGCUCAGGUCAACGAGCAACGUUGGGUCUUGUAUACGACACCAGCGAGAGUACCCCAGAUAUGCUGCGGUUCUCUAUGAGACUAUGAUCGACCAAGAGUUUGCAAGAUCGAACGAGGUUGAAAAGGCCCCUCGAGCAUUUGCUCUCAAGAAGGAAGGUAAAAACAACGGCUUCUGGGAAAUGAACGAUGAGGAACUCGAUACAUUCCACAAAAGCAUGAUGGGCUAUUCUGAAGUUCAGAACUCGUCUGCGGUACUGCAUCAUUACCCUUGGGACAAUGUAUCCUCUGUCGUGGAUGUUGGAUCUGGAACCGGAGCGAUGUCUAUUCCUCUGGCGAAAAUGUUCCCUCAUCUCAGAAUAACCGAUCAGGAUCUCCCAGAAACUAUGAAACUGUCGAGAAGUGUGAGUCCAGACAUCGGGUACACGCCCAGUGGGAAAGUUAUAUUUAUAUUUGAUCAGAUAUGGGAGAAGAAGGCUCCUGAGGCGCUGCUCAGCGGGCACGUAGAGUUCGUGCCAUUGAAUUUCUUGGAGGAGUCACCUGUUGCUGGAAAGGAUGUUUACUAUCUGAGGAGCGUCAUUCAUGACUGGCCGGACGAUGAAUCAAGGGUGAUUCUGAACAACAUUCGCAAAGUAAUGGGACCGAACAGCCGAGUGUUGAUUCAUGACUGCGUGCUCUUGCGCCCAUUCCAAGAGCCUGCCGCAGAGGCUAACGAGUUUAGUAAGGCACCCGAACCCACGUUGUUAAACUUCGGUAGUCACACAUCACACCAACUUGACUUGGCUAUGUGGCUUCUUUCCAAUGGCAAGGAGCGAACCUUGAACGAAUUCAAGAACAUUGGGGCAAGUGCUGGUCUAGUCCUCACCCAAACCUAUGAUCUUGUAGCGACGACGCUCUUGGAAUUCAAAAUCGCUCAGGACUGAUGCCGAACAUAAUCUGUGUAAUCUUCUGUUAUUGUACUUUUACCCUUCCCAAUUGAUUAUCCCAUAAUUUAACCAAG